CCAGGAGGAAACGGCAUCCGCUGGGUGCGCUCACCGACGAAGGUUCCCCGGGGGAAAGCCAACCGAAGGUCGCUCUCCCCAUUGCCAUGGAGCGGAAGGUGGCCAGGGAAUUCAGGCACAAGGUUGACCUGCUGAUUGAUAGUGAAGCAGAGAAAGAUUAUCUCUAUGAUGUGUUGCGGAUGUACCAUGAAUCCAUGAAUCUUCCAGUGUUGGUGGGAGAUCUGAAGUAUGUAAUCAAUGAACCAAGCCGGCUGCCUUUAUUUGAGGCCAUACGUCCUCUUAUCCCAUUAAAACAUCAAGUGGAGUAUGAUCAGAUGACGCCUAAACGAUCUAGAAAACUGAAGGAGGUGAGGUUAGAUCGUUUGCAUCCUGAAGGACUUGGGAUAAGUGUGAGAGGAGGUGUCGAGUUUGCCUGUGGCCUUUUUAUUUCUCAGCUAAUGAAAGGUGGACAAGCCGACAAUGUUGGACUUCAGGUCGGAGAUGAGAUUGUUCGAAUAAAUGGAUACUCCAUUUCUUCAUGUACUCAUGAAGAAGUGAUUAAUCUUAUUCGCACAAAGAAAAUUGUGUCUAUAAAAGUGAGACAUGUUGGCAUGAUACCUGUGAAAAGUUCUACUGAUGAGCCUCUCAAGUGGCAGUUUGUGGACCAAUUUGUAUCAGAUCCUGGGGAAGGUAAAAGCAGUGUUGCAGGUCUUGCAUCAUCUGGAGGAAAAAACCACAAAGAAAAGAAAGUUUUCAUUAGCUUGAUUGGUACAAAGGGCAUGGGAUGCAGCAUUUCCAGUGGUCCCACACAAAAACCAGGCAUUUUCAUAAGUAAUGUUAAACCACAUUCUCUGUCUGCAGAAGUAGGGUUAGAGGUUGGUGAUCAGAUUGUUGAAGUAAAUGGAAUGGACUUUUCUAAUGUGGAUCACAAAGAGGCUGUGAAGGUGUUGAAAAGCAGUCAAACCCUGACUAUCACGGUUGUAACUGGAGCUGGAAAGGAGCUGUUUAUGACUGAAGUGGAGAAGCAGAGGGAAGAGUCUAGUCGUGAGUUGGAGCGGCAAGAACUGAUGCGCCAGAAGAGGUUUGCACUGGAGACCAAUAAGAUCCUGAAAGAACAGCAAGAAAAGGAGAAAUUGCGAAAAAUGGAGAUUGCACAAAAAGCUGCAGAGGAGGAGGAAAGAUACCGUAAAGAAAUCGAACAGAUAAAGGCAGAAGAGGAGAAAUUUAAAAAGCAAUGGGAAGAAGACUGGGGUCAUAAAGAGCAAUCAAAGCCUCCCAAAACUGUAGUGGCAGAAGUACACAGGCCUCCUCAACAUAAACAUCGAACUUUUGGGUGGUUUUAUCGGUAUGAAGGAAAAUUUCCCACAAUUCGCAAGAAAGGCAAAGAAAGAAAGAAAUCCAAAAGUGACAGUCUCAGUGAGCAGAAAAAGAGCAAAAUGCAACUGGAGUUUGAGCUAAAGCUUCUCAAGGAAAAGGAAGAGAAGCUAGAAAGAGAAAAACAGCUGAAAAUCAACCGGCUUGUACAAGAGGUAUCUGAGACUGAACGAGAAGAUUUAACAGAAUCAGAAAAGACUCAGCACUGGGUGGAAAUGCUUUGUCAAACACGUUUAGAACAAAUCUCCUCUGUGGAGAAUGAUUCUCCUGAGGUAAAAUCAUGCUCUGAUCCCCACCCUCCUGCUGUUUCUCCUUCUGCUACAUCUGUGCGGAGGUUUGCUGGUGGUUUGCAGCUCCACACCACUGACCUUGAUGAUAUCAGCUUAGAUGAUGUUGGCAGGCCUCCAAAAUGCCCAGCACCUCUGCCUCCAUUGCCCCAUGCAUCUCCUGUAUUCCCAGGGACUUACCCGCCUCCUCCACCAAGUGUCCCAGCUCCUAGGGGACCGCCUCCAAUGCCCUCUACUGCAGCAUCAUGGAUUGCAUCGCCUUCUCAUUCUUGGGUGCAUGCUGCACCUCCUCCCUUGUCACCCCCAUCUUCUCCCCCACCCCCUUCUGCUACAACUCUCCAUCCUGUGCCCACUCACUUGGAAGAAAGGGUGGGCAGCCACAGCUAUCAGCCUAAUGGGCCAGCAGACUCAAUGAAUGACUGGGAAAUGAAAAGCUACAAGGGAAGGAGCUUUAGUCCAAUUAGUUCUCAGACCAGUGAGCAGACCUAUUUAUCCAGUCCAAAGCAAUUUUCUCCAAGCCCUCCUGCCCUGCGUCGCCCAGCUGUACCCAUAGUCUCCAAACCUGUCAUGCUGCAUCCUGACCACAAUAUCAUGGUCAGACCAGCAAUCAAAUCAGAAGCCCUGCCUCAAGAGAUGUUUAAAAGGAUGGUGGUUUACAAUUCAUCAUUUAAAAAUAACAAAAAACAAGGCUUCCAGAAGUAUGUGGAAAACUUUGAUCCCUACACAAUGUUUUCACCUGAUCAGAUUAUGGGGAAAGAUGUGCGACUUCUGCGCAUAAAGAAGGAAGGAUCAUUAGAUCUUGCAGUAGAAGGAGGCAUCAAUUCACCAAUUGGAAAGAUAGUGGUGUCUGCUAUUUAUGAAGGUGGUGCUGCAGACAAACAUGGAGGCAUUGUGAAAGGGGAUGAAAUCAUGGCUGUGAAUGGCAAGAUAUUGUUGGAUGUUAAAUUGGAUGAAGCUCAGGCGACUCUUGCAAAAGCCUGGAACAUGGGUGGGGAUUGGAUUGAUUUGGUCAUUGCUGUGUCUCCUCCCAAGGAAUAUGAUGAUGAAAUGUAA